CCAGCUCGUGACGCAGCCACAGCUCUUCCUCCUGGGCGUCUUCCUCCCCUGGGCUGUUCCGGAUGAGACGCCUCCCUCCCUCCGCCCCUCUGAUCCUCUUAUCAGCGAGUAAGCGGCCAAGAUGGAUGUUGUAAACCAGUUGGUGGCCCAAGGGCAGUUCACGGUACUCAAACAACCUCUGGGAUUUAUAAAAAUUCUACAGUGGAUCUUUGCAAUCUUCGCCUUCUCGACAUGUGGCAGUUACUCUGGCAUGUUCAAGAUGAGCGUGGAGUGUAAAAACCGGUCGGAGAGUGACCUAGGCAUAGAAGUAGAAUUUGAAUAUCCGUUCAGGCUCCAUCAGGUUUAUUUUGAUGUCCCCACCUGUAAAGGAAAGGAACCCGAACGCCUGUUCCUGGUCGGGGACUACUCCUCCUCAGCUGAGUUCUUUGUCACCAUCGGUGUCUUUUCCUUCCUCUACUCUAUGGCAGCCCUCUCUGUGUACUGUUUCAUGCUGGAGAAGUACCGUGAAAACUGCAAGGGGCCUCAGAUCGACUUUGUUGUGUCGGCGGUAUUUGCCUUCAUGUGGCUGGUGUCUUCAUGUGCUUGGGCUAAAGGCCUGUCAGAUGUGAAAACAGCUACCGAUCCAGAGAGGGUCAUCACUCUCAUCUCAGCCUGUGAAGAACAAGAGAAUCGCUGCCGUGAGGUCUACGACCCCAAGGUUUCCGGCCUCAACACCUCUGUGGCUUUUGGUUUCAUCAACCUGAUCCUGUGGAUAGGAAACCUGUGGUUUGUGUUCAAGGAGACCGGCUGGAUGGCUGCCUUCUCUGGAACAUACGUUGCAUCACAGGAAAAGCAGCCUGCCCCCGAUUCCUUUGGUCAGGCAGGCUAUGGUCAGCAGGACCCCUACGCUGGCUCCCAGGGAGGGUACCAGCCAGAGUAUGGCCAGCAGGGAGGCUACAAUGAGGAAGGAGGUUACAACCAGGGCUAUGAGCAGCAGCCCACCUCCUACUCUAAUCAAAUGUGAGCCUGUCCAGCCAAACCACAGCUGCAGGAUGGGUGACCUUGUGAUUUCGGAGGGUGGCUGACCACCACCUGCAUUUCCACACUCCUCUGUUUGUCUGUUUGUGUAUCUGUGAGUUGACAGGCAGAGGGAGGGAGGCAUGGAGGGCAGAAACUGACGGGGCCUGGGGAGGGGGAACACCACUGGGGAGCAGGAUGUGGGGGCAAAAAGGGGGAAAAGGGUCUUUGCUGUAACAUGAUGUUUAUUCUCGUGAUGUAUUUAACUGUAGAAGACAACAGUUGAUUGUCUGUUUGGUUAUACGAGAAAAACUUGAAUACAAAUACCAAAACAUUUGUUGACGAACAUUUAAGAGAAAUCUUGUAAUGGAAAAGACUUACAUUUGUGAAGAAUAAAAAAAUUGUAGUAAUAUUUAACUUGGGAGAAUGUAUUUGUCUGUGCUGUGUAAAUAUCAACAUGCUGAUAUAUAUGAUUAUAUGUACACAGUUGAAUAAUUGUGCACUCCAUAUAAGUUGUUAUACAACAAAUGUUGAGCACAGAGUUAUUCAAUUGCAUUUACUUUGGUUUUGUUUAGGAGCUCAUAUAGUUUAGCCUUUGCCCUUCAAUUCCCUUAAAUUUAUCAUACCACAAUGAUGUUUUUAUUUAUUCAUCUCAGAAUCUAUGAACAUCUUGUCUUUUUUUUGAUUUUCUCAAUAUGUUUUUUUUUCCCUUUGAUCAGCAUAACUGACAAGAUUUUAGAAACGGGGUAAAGGCUGCUUAAAAUAUCAUGGCAAAUAUUGACAAAGGAGAAUUAUCGAUAUAAAAAGUGAGCAGAGAAAGAGUAAUGUAUAGUAAUAAUAGCAAAUAGAUGAUAGCUGUGGGUUUUACGUAGGUUGUUUUAACUUUAUUUAUGUUUUUAUAUAUAUUUUUCCAUCAAAUAUCGCUGUCAAGCAAGGAUGAACUCUUGUAAUACAAAGAAUAUUUUAAAUCCUGACAUAAAAUCAGAAAUUGCAUAGGGUUAAGAAAAUUAGUGAGCAUAGUAGCAUCUCAUAUUUGCUGUGCUGUUUCGGAAACUGCUAUAGUGUGCUAUCAGUAUGAAAAUUGUGAAUCAGGGCAGUGAACAACAGUUUUAGCAACGUGUGUUUGUUUAUUUGUUUGGAUUUAUGUAACGGCAUCAAACAAAUGAUGUCAAUGAACCUCGUCCUGUUUUGAUUGCCUUUUAUGUGGUCCAGAAAGUUGUAAGACAGAGUCAUAUAGUUUUUUAACUGGUGUUUCUAUCACACUGUAAUCAGUGACAUACAUACAUUAACAAGAACUGUAGGUAAAUGGGAAUAAAGCAUACUAAGACCUUGGUUAUGCCAUAGUAAACACAUAUUAUUAUGAGGCCGUCUGAACAAUAUGUCUCCAUAUAUACUUCUCCUGCAUCCUCAAUCCUAUCUCGUCUCUUUCUGAAGGCAAGCAAAUUUACUGCAUGCAUCCUUAUAUCCUAAAGCAUCCCUAAACAUAUUUGAGAGGCUGAAGCUCAAGGCUGCAGGAAAGUUCGACUACACAGUAAUACUGUGGUGGUGGUGGUGCUUACUACACAGCACUACAGCAGCUCUGCUAUAUUCCACUCAAAGAACAAAGUACAUGCUGCAAUAAUUACUUCUUUCCAGAUAUAAAUACACCGGUCCUACUGUCAAAGCUCUGUUUGGAUAUGCAAGAUCGUGUUUGCCAAGUGGUAAGAGAUGUAUCUUGAUUGGUAGUUUUGCUUCCACAGUCCUCAUUAGGAUGAAUUGUUGUCCAUCAUUAGGAUGAAUUGUUGUCCAUCCAUUGCCCAGCUUUGGAUUCACUCUUCUUUUUUUAAAAUCAGGGUUCUUUGAUUCAGGCAGUGUAGAAGCACCCGACUUUCUCUUUUCCUCCAGUCCCCCCACCUCUGUUUCUUUCUCUCUCUCUCUUUUACUGUAGCUCUUAUAAAUAUGCUGACAUGAAAUAUACUCUGUUGUUAGUGGUGAAUGAUGUCUUGUGGUACUCUCUAUGCCUUUGGGAUAGUGCUGUGUUUAUUGUGUAUGAUGUAUUCAUAUUAGUAUUUAUGAUAAUGAUAAGUCAGAGAAAAAAUAUCCAAGACUCUCCAGAAUUCUGCUGUAUUCUUAUUAAAUGGGAUCCAUGUGAAACAAAAUGAAAUAAACUUGAAAUUAUUCUGUU